AUGAGGAAUCUUUUAAAGAAUAUAACUCUUCGUAUUCAUGCAAUGAAGACUGUUCAUUUAGCAAUACCAAUUGCACAAAGUUUUGAAAGACUUCAAUAUAUGGACUUUUCACAAUGUUUUUCUAUUGAUAGAAUUCCAUUUGUAGUUAAAAAACCUUCUGAAUUAUCGAAAAUUACAGCCAUAAUUCAUCCGUUUCUCGUUCAAAUUUCAUUAACAUUAAUAUAUUCUGAAACGACUGGAAAACUUGAAAAUUCAGGUUUCAUGUCAAGAUUCAUUCUUCAACUUCAAGAAUAUCUCGGAUUCAGUUAUGAACUGAGUACAGCUGAUAAUGCUGAAAGAAACAACCUUCUGAAAAAUAAUACUGUUCAUUUAGCAAUACCAAUUGCACAAAGUUUUGAAAGUCUUCAAUAUAUGGACUUUUCACAAUGUUUUUCUAUUGAUAGAAUUCCAUUUGUAGUUAAAAAACCUUCUGAAUUAUCGAAAAUUACAGCCAUAAUUCAUCCGUUUCUCGUUCAAUUUAAAGAUAUUAACAAUAACAUUUGCGAGGAUAAUGGAAAUACUCAAAAGAUAUUUUGCGAUCCUGUUCACGGACAAAUCAGUUUCAAUGCUUUAUGUCUGAAAAUCAUAGACACACCAGAAUUUCAAAGACUUCGCCUCAUCAAGCAGUUGGGAUUUCUCUACACUGUUUAUCCAGGAGCUAACAAUAAUCGCUUCGAACACUCUUUAGGAGUUGCUUAUUUGUCGAAGAAGUUUAUUCUGGAAUUAAGAAACAACCAACCGGAAUUAAAUAUAACGGACCAAGAAAUAAAUUGCGUACAGAUUGCGGGACUUUGCCACCAUCUCGGUCACGGUCCAUUUUCUCAUUCGUGGGAAAGAUUUAUGAGGAAGUGCAGAAAAAAACGUAAAGACGAAAGCAAACCGUGGAAUCACGAAGAAGUAUCCAUUAAAAUAUUUGAUUAUCUUGUACGAAAAUAUAAAUUGGAAGAGGAAUUUCAAAGAUACAAUAUAGACAAAACGAAAAUCAAUUUCAUCAGAGAUCUUAUGAAAGGAAAACCUACCUGCGAUGAGCGGACAUUUCUCUUUCAACACGAAGAAGUAUCCAUUAAAAUAUUUGAUUAUCUUGUACGAAAAUAUAAAUUGGAAGAGGAAUUUCAAAGAUACAAUAUAGACAAAACGAAAAUCAAUUUCAUCAGAGAUCUUAUGAAAGGAAAACCUACCUGCGAUGAGCGGACAUUUCUCUUUCAAAUCGUGAAUAACGAAGAAUCGGGAUUAGACGUCGAUAAAUGGGAUUAUUAUUUUCGCGACUGCCUGUAUCUCGGAAUCAAAUGCGGAUUCGAAUACAAACGCCUCAUGCAAUUUGCAAGAGUAAAUGAUGUCGACGGUAAAAAAGUUAUAUGUUUCCGUGACAAAGUAAGAAAUUUAUUAUUUAAUACAUUUUUUAAAAAUAUUUUCGAUCCUUUAUUGGAAGCGGAUGGAAACGUCUUAGCGCCUAACGGUAAAAAUUUCCAGUUCUACAAUUGGACUAAUGCAGUGAACAGAGAGGAAGAAUAUAUUGCGUUGAUAAUGAGAAACUUCUGCAUGAUGACUGACAGCGCUGUUUACGAUUCUCUGAAAUACUCAAAAAUAGAGAAAGUUCGAAAUAUACUGGAUAUAGUAGAGAGACGCUUUCAAAAUUCUAAAAUAUAUCAGACGGUUUCUCAUUGGUCCGUUGCUGAAAAGCCUGAUAAGAAAACUGUAAAAGCAGCAAUUAUGAAAUGUGCGCAAGAAUUAUCUCCGGAUGAAAAAAGAGACUUUUAUAAAAAAUAUGAAACUGAUUUUGAAUUACGCGAAGAACAUUUUAAGAUUCAGAUCGUCACUUGA